AUGAGCCCAAACUGGGUCCAAGCUCGGUCUGGUUCGCAAAUUCACGGCCGAUUGGUUCCCAAAAAUUUAGAAAUUCUUGAUAUUUUUCAAGAUGAUGUAAAAGACAAUGCCGAUGACCAAAGGUUCAUUUCUGUAUUUAUCAGCAACGAAGGAACUCAUAGUGCUUGGUCAUGUGCAGACCUACCAGUGAUAGAAAUCGCUGGAGAACCUCUUGAAGUCUAUGAUAAACUUGAAAAAUUCAGAAUGAAUCCAGGUCAACCAAAUCAUGGUACAGCUAAAAUUAUCAUAGGAGCUUUGUUAAAUUCUAAUAAUAUGCUUCGAGAGAUGACCAAAAUGGAACCAAACAAGUUAUUAAAGGACAGUAUGUUUGCAUACCAUUCUGAGAGUAAGACUGUCACUUUUCAGUCUCACUCAGUAGAAUGUUAUAUUCGAGAAAAUGCUAAAAUUUUCAUUAUUAAGAAAAUAUAA